AUGUCAACUACAGAAACGACAGAAAAAACCGAGUCUAAUAGUAAACCAGAAGUUGGUUUCACUGGACGUAAGAUUGUCUACGAUAAAGAUGGGAAACCAUGCCGUACUUGUAAUUCCUUACUAGAUUUCCAGUUUGCAAGUGGUAAAAUCAAGAAAUCACCAGUGACUCCAGAAUCGAAGAAAGUGAACAAGUCAGAGCUCAAGUCGUAUCCCCAAGACGAGCCUCCGGAUGUUACUGAGUUGGGCAAAUCCUCAUGGACAUUAUUACAUUCAAUAGCAGCCACAUAUCCCGAGACUCCAACCACCAAACAGCAGCUGGAUAUGAAACUGUUUAUAAACUUAUUUUCCGGAUUUUACCCCUGUUGGUUUUGUGCUGAAGAUUUCCAAAAGUAUAUUGCCAAAAAUGAACCAAAAACAAGAAAUCAAGAGGAAUUAGGGAGAUGGCUUUGUGACGCUCAUAAUGAAGUUAACAAAAAACUAAAUAAACCUCAAUUUAAUUGUGAUUUAUGGAAAAAAAGAUGGAAGGAUGGCUGGGAUAACGAAGAAUAA